CCAGCUUUUCUUACCUGUGGCUCACGCUCACGCUCACUUCACCACUCACUGCUUCAUGGUGAUUCAGAAAUCCACCAGUACUAAUUCAUCUUAUGCGUAUCUUCUUUUCCAUCUUCCUUCUCAGCUGCUCUGCCUGCUCUACCUGCUCUACCUGCUCUACCUGCUCUUGCCCCUCUUGUGUUUAGCUUCACCAUUUACACAGCACCUCUCUCUCCACAAGCGACACUCGCCAUCAUGGAGUUUGGAAAGCCGUGGGAUGAAGAUCACGGUAAUUCAGAUGAUGAGUUUUGGAAGAAGCUCCGUGUAGAUAAAAAUGCGAUGAUGAGAUACGGUAUUUGCAUGUAUGGGUCAGGCAUCGUCAUGCACCUUUUGGGGUUUGUAGGGACUGGCCAGAAACCAACAGGGUUCAAUGUGGGAGGAGUCUUAGGAGGAUCAUUGGCUGCGACGUGGCAGUCGACAAUCGGCAACAUUCCCGCGGGUAGUCUGUUUUCGAGAUUGCAGAGCGCGGCAAUGGGCGGUACAUCUACUAAACAGCAUUUCAUCUGUGCUGGACUGGCCUUUACAUCAACAGAUGAGACUCCAAACGAAGGAAGGAAGGCGCCGGGUGAGGAAGAGUACAGUUAUUCUCGUAAGGAUGACGUCCAAGAGGUGGCUGCGGAAAUCUACCGUACAAUGGGAGCAUAUCGCAGGGGAACGAUCAUCUGCGAUGUUGACGGCGAGUACGUGAGGAUCAGGCGGAUUCUGUGA